AGCGAAGGGGGGGGGGGGGGGGGGAGCGAAAAUGGUGUGCAUCCGCAAGGCUACGGUGGACGACCUGCUGGCGAUGCAAGCGUGCAACCUGUUGUGCCUGCCCGAGAACUAUCAGAUGAAGUAUUACUUCUACCACAUCCUCUCCUGGCCUCAGCUCCUCUACGUGGCUGAGGACUACAACGGCCGCAUCGUCGGCUACGUCCUCGCCAAGAUGGAGGAGGAGACCAACGAGUGCCACGGCCACAUCACCUCUCUCGCCGUCCUCAGGACUCACCGCAAGCUUGGUCUCGCCACUAAGCUCAUGAACGCCGCCCAGAACGCCAUGGAACAGGUUUAUGGGGCUGAGUAUGUCUCGCUGCACGUUAGAAAGAGCAACCGUGCUGCGUUUAAUUUGUACACCGAGACGUUGGGUUACAAGAUACAUGAUGUGGAAGCAAAAUACUAUGCUGAUGGGGAGGAUGCUUAUGAUAUGCGGAAGCAGCUUAAGGGGAAGCAAAGUCAUCAGCACCACCACCACCAUCAUCACCAUCACCACCACCACCAUGGAGGUGGGUGUUGUUCUGGUGAGGUGAAAUCAGACCCAAAAACUGAUUCAAAAGCCAACCCUUCAAAAGCCGGGUGAUGCGGAGAGGUAAUUGUGGAUUAAGGAGAAACAUUUGGCCGAGUUUGUUUGUCAGUGAGUAUUAGUGUAGUCCUUUAAUUCUCUCUUCCUUGAAGUGGACACUGCUUUGUGACACUUAUAGCAUCGCUCCCUCUUUUACUUGUUACUUCUGAUUUUUAUGAGUUGUUGUAAUACACACAAUUAUGUUAUGAUUGAUUACAACUCUUUCGUGUUCAA